GAAACAGUAGAAAACACAGACCACUUGUCCAAGCUCUUUCUCUCUCUUUCUCUAAAAGAUCCAAAACUGUAAAAAGCAUUUAAAAUCCUCAGUUUCUCUCACUAAAACCAUUCACUUUGAGGAGUUUUUUUUUUUUUUAUCUUCUUCUUACAUUAGAGAUCAUCGCCAAAGAUCUAGGAAAACUCCCAUUUUUCCAGCUACAUAUAUAUAUAUUGAUUCAUCAUAUAAAUUUUCACCCCUUUUAAAAACAAAAAUCUCUUUCUUUUUUCUUCUACCCAUAUAGGGGAAGUCUGCAGCUUUGGAAACCCAUUAAAGAUUGCAUUUAUAUACUCAAAUAUGAGUUGUCGACAGGUUUCUGAUCAGACCCUUUUCUUUUAUCAUCGAGUUUGAGGUUUUUCUUCAAAAUAUCAUCUGGGGUUUCUUUAAGAUUCAUCUGUAUUUGUGUUCUGAAGUCUUUUCCUUUUCCGAUCCAAAAUAAAUUUGGGAUUUUUGCUGAGAAGUCAGCUCUCUUUUUGUGGGUUCGUGUGAUCUAAUCUAGCUCAGCGUUAGUGUAGAUUCCUUCUCGUAGAUGCUUUUUGGAUAAAAUAUGCAGCCUGAUCAGAGAAAAAAGGCAUCUGGAGAUGUAGAUUUCUUCACAGAAUAUGGUGAAGGAAGCAGAUACAGAAUUGAGGAAGUAAUUGGUAAAGGUAGCUACGGCGUCGUCUGCUCAGCUUAUGACACCCAUCUUGGAGAAAAAGUUGCAAUUAAAAAGAUAAAUGAUAUCUUUGAACAUGUAUCUGAUGCCACAAGAAUUCUUCGGGAGAUUAAGCUUCUUAGGCUUCUACGUCAUCCAGAUAUUGUGGAGAUCAAACAUAUUUUGCUGCCACCUUCUAGAAGAGAAUUCAAGGACAUAUAUGUUGUGUUUGAACUGAUGGAAUCUGAUCUCCACCAGGUCAUUAAAGCAAAUGAUGACUUGACUCCAGAACAUUAUCAAUUCUUUCUCUAUCAGCUUCUUCGAGGCUUGAAAUACAUACAUACAGCUAAUGUGUUUCACCGAGACUUGAAGCCAAAAAAUAUCUUGGCAAAUGCUGACUGCAAACUGAAGAUUUGUGAUUUUGGCCUCGCAAGAGUGGCUUUCAACGACACUCCUACUGCAAUAUUUUGGACUGAUUAUGUUGCAACUAGGUGGUAUAGAGCUCCUGAAUUGUGUGGGUCUUUUUUCUCUAAGUAUACACCCGCAAUUGACAUUUGGAGUAUCGGGUGCAUAUUCGCCGAACUUUUGACUGGGAAACCUCUAUUCCCCGGAAAAAAUGUGGUUCACCAAUUAGACCUGAUGACUGAUCUCUUGGGAACUCCGCCUCCUGAAACCAUUGCAAGGAUAAGAAAUGAAAAGGCUCGGAGAUACUUAAGCAGCAUGAGAAAGAAGAAGGCGAUUCCGUUGUCCCACAAAUUUCCAAAUGCCGACCCCCUUGCUCUUCGCUUGUUAGAAAGAAUGCUUGCUUUUGAUCCUAAGGACAGACCUUCUGCAGAAGAGGCUCUUGCAGAUCCAUACUUUCGGAACUUGGCUAGAGUUGAGAGAGAGCCUUCCGCGCAACCGGUUACUAAAAUGGAAUUUGAAUUUGAAAGGCGAAGGAUUACAAAGGAGGAUGUUAGGGAGUUGAUAUAUAGAGAGAUUCUUGAAUAUCACCCAAAGAUGUUGAAAGAGUACUUAGAGGGAGCUGAACCAACAAGCUUCAUGUAUCCAAGUGCUGUUGACAAAUUCAAGAAGCAAUUUGCAUAUCUUGAGGAGCACUAUGGAAGCGGAGCCGCCGCGCCACCCGAGAGACAACAUUCCUCAUCUUUACCCAGGCCAUGUGUAUUAUACUCCGAUAACUCAAACCAGAACUUGUCCGACGUAACCAAUGAUCUCUCUAAGUGCUCCAUUAAAGAAGUCGAGAAGCCACAAGUUGAUCGAUCCGUACUUCCCAUGACGAGAUUACCUGUCCAAGUUCCUCAAAGUAUCCAAGCAAGGGGAGCUGCAAGGCCAGGCAAGGUCGUUGGUCCUGUUUUACGCUACAACAACUGUGGGGUGGCCGCAGCGUCGAUGGAGGCAACUGAACAGCGGAAAAUGGUCAGAAAUCCCGGUAUGCCAGCUCAGUACAUCGUCCCUGGCUCUUCUUACCCGAGAAAGCACCCUGGCUGCAAGAGUGACGGUGGUGAAGGCAUUGCUGAAGGAUCUAACGGACUGCAGCCAAAGCCUGAUCUGUACAUGGCAAGGAAAGUUGCUGCUGCUCAAAGUGGAGCCGGAAGCCACUGGUAUUAACUUCUUGACACGAAAACGACCAACAAGAGCGGGUUCAAGCUGCCGAGUUUAAGAACACACGUUGGCACUACUGGAGUUAGUUGGCCAGCUGUAAGUUCAGUACGUUUGACGGAUCUCAAGAAUACUGUCUUCUGGAUACUAAAUUAAGGGAUAAUAACAUAUAUACCUAUGAGGUUUGGCAUAUUAUAAAAAAAUCACUUGAUUCUGGAAAAUUACACAAUGCCCCUUGUAUUUAUAUUUUACAUUACAGAUUCUCUCUAGCGACUUAUUUUUUAGGGGGAAUUUGUAAUAUAAGACAUGAUUACGGGGGGUGCUGUGUAACUUUUCGAAGUCGAUGGUUCAUUUUGUAAUAUGCUUAAACUGAAGUCUUAGCCAAGAUUGUACAGUUAAAGCGACUCGUUGAAUGUCUGUAAUAACCUUGUAAGGAUACUUAUCUACGGUGGUCGAUAUUCAGUGUUGCAGCAGAUGGAAGUCGGAGAUGCAGAAACGGGCAAUGAAGCCGACGAAGAGCAGAAGUAAUCUUAACACCACCUGGUUGAUUUUACUUCAUUUUAUGACCUUCUGACUGACAAAAUUCAUGUUGUUCGUUGUACUUAGUAUCUUUUCGUGUAAUUUAAUAAUUAACAUUUGCUAAUCUGUGUGAAUCUAUGAACUCGAGUACAAAACAUGUUAAUUCUUUGUCUUAAA